CCCCGUCCCCAGGAAGCGCCGCGGAGCCUGCGAGCGACCCUCCCUCUCCUUCCCUCUCCCUCCGGCGCACCUGCUCCGCGGCGCGCUCCGUCCGCCAUGGGGGGCUCCCUGGCCCCCAACAGCUCCCUCCUCGCCACGCCCAGGCCGGGCUCUCAGCAGGGGGGCGGAGGCGGCGGCGCUGGCGGGCCCGGCGCUGCUUCAUCUCCGUCCGGGGAUGGGCCGGGCUACCGUGGCUGCGAGAACGGGGCCCUGAUGGACAGCUUCGGCAUCUUCCUGCAGGGGCUGCUCGGGGUCGUGGCCUUCAGCCUCCUCAUGCUGAAACGCUUCAGAGAACCAAAGCAUGAAAGACGUCCCUGGAGAAUUUGGUUUUUGGAUACUUCCAAACAAGCCAUAGGGAUGUUGUUCAUCCACUUUGCCAAUGUGUAUUUAUCAGACCUUACUGAAGAGGACCCGUGUUCACUGUACCUUAUCAACUUUCUGCUGGAUGCCACCUUGGGAAUGCUACUAAUUUACGGUGGUGUGCGUGCAGUAAACAGCAUUGUUGAAUGGCAGCAAUGGGAGUCCCUUCGCUUUGGUGAAUAUGGUGACCCCCUUCAGUGCAGUGCUUGGGUGGGCCAGUGUGCAUUGUACAUAGUGAUCAUGAUGUUUGAGAAAACCAUCAUCAUCAUAGUUCUCCUAAUACCUCAGUGGAAAGAGGUAGCUGUAUUGAAUCCUAUAAAGAAUCCUCAGUUGGAGCUGGCUAUUGUCAUGCUAAUAGUCCCCUUCUUUGUAAAUGCAUUCAUGUUCUGGGUAGUUGAUAACUUCCUUAUGAAGAAAGGGAAAACAAAAGCUAAACUUGAAGAAAAAGAAGCUGGGCAGGAUUCAAGGAAUGGAAGCAAAGUUCGAUACAGGAGAGCAGCCUCUCAUGAAGAGUCUGAGUCAGAGAUCCUAAUUUCGGCAGACGAUGAAAUGGAAGAAUCAGAUGUUGAAGAGGAUCUUCGGAGACUGACUAACUUAAAGUCUGUAAAGAAAAAGAAGCAUCGGUUUGGUCUGCCUGUAUGACAGAUUCUGUGGCCUGCACAUUUGCGGGUUUUAUGACAGAUGCUUCUAUGGACAGUGGAUUUUUCACUUGGCAACACUAUGCUUAUUGCCUGGAAACUGACUCAGAAGAAACAGAACAUGGAUAGUUGGGAAAGCUACCUGUUCAGUUGCACUAUGGAAACACUGACCAAAUAUGCAAGAGUACCUUUUCAUCAUGGGUGGAAAAAUUCUUGUUACCAAGGCGAUUUGUACGCAACCCUUUCGAAAAAGGCGCCAUAGAGCACCAUUGUUUCUGCUAUGGUUCCUGAACGAUAUUAUGAGAGAGACGUCGGAUUAACAACAUUUGAAUCAGUCUGUUUUAUUACUAAAAAAAAAAAAAAAGGCUUUUGCAACAUAUUCCUAGGACAGAAUAGUUUUGCAGUUACAAAUCGUAACUUAAUAUUCUUACGUAACUUUACUUCUUAAGGGUACUUUUGGCUGUCAAAGUUGCCCCACCCAAUACCCCCAAAGCUCCUCUAAUCUAUUUGAACUUUUAUAUUUAAGUUAUAUUUUCAUACUGGGAUAUUUAAGGAUUGUGUUUGUCAAAGAAAAUUAUGUUGUUACUUUCUGUGCGUGGUGAAAAGGUCAAACACUUGCAGCAAAAAAAAAAAAAAAUCAUUGUGUCUGUCAUAUAAAGGAGAGUCGUGUGACAAAGGGAAAUGGUGGCCAAGUGGCUACUAGUUACACAUGGCCUUGAAUGGGAGCUCUGCACAAGCCUGGCCAAACCAAAACACAGUGAAAGGCAGCAAGUACCGUACUUGGCAGAUUAAAUCCCUGGUCACUUCUGUGACCUGAAGACCAUGGUCCUGUGCACUUUAGCAUAAAAGCAACAAUAAUUGGCAUUUCUAUUUGUCGCGGAACAUUUUAGUGACUUCGGUAAUGUUGGUUUCUUCAGUGCUUGCAAGUCUUCUGAGCCCAUAUCUCAACUAUUUCAAAUCUGAAGCAACAUUCCUUUUCUAUAUAUAUGAUAUUACAAUCUUUCCUUGAAACGAUAACAGUUGGGCCUUCAUGUGAUCAACAACUAUGAAUAGUGAUGUAACAGGAUUUGUAAAUCUGUUCUUCCUUAGAGUGUUUCUUACUGCUACAAAGUGUGCUGAUCACUUAGCAGUAAUUCAUUCCUCAAUUUCCUAAGAACAAAAUAAGGCCCAGAGGUAACCGCACCUAAUGCAUAUAUUCACCCAUUAACAACAUCAUGGUAGUUGCCGCUUUCGUUGUUCUGCCGUCCUAUGGUAACUGAGAAUAUCUCUCUUGUCAAUGGAAUACGUGCCUACCUGAUUUGGUGCCCACAACUUAUUUCGAUGCUCGUUACUGUUUGGCAGUUUUCCAUGCUCAUUUAAAUCUUUGAUACAACAAAACAGCAAAAGUGUUUUCAGAAUAAGAAGGGGGGGGGGGUAAAUGCAAAUCUGUAAUUUAUGGUAUCUGAAUAUCACUGUAUUUCAAGCCUUACAACACUUUCAAGGACAGGAGCUCAGACUUUUCAGAUAUAUUUUUUUACAGUUUUUAUAUGUGUAGUCUGUCUUAAAUGUGGUCAGCUACACAGGCAGCUGGUGUUGUGGGGUAUCACUGGACUUUGGGAGGUGCAAUGCAAGGCUCCAUUGUUGCUUUUUGCUAGCUUAACAGUGGUAGUACUGAGGGGAGUGACAUUUGCCUCACGUGCCCUGCUGCCCGUAAGAAGCAUCUUAAUGGGCGAUGCAUUUCGGAACUGCGUAAUGAAUGGUGGGGGUUGUUUCUUUUGCACAGCAUCAUAUCUGCAAUACGUUGUUACAUGUUAGUGUUCUGGCUGAAAACAAAGGGAAACGAUGCUUAUCUCAGUAUAAAGUUAAGCGAAGCCUCUAUUAGGAGGCGGGGAAAUGCCUAUUCUGUCAAGAAUCACACCUGAAGGCAGGUUCCAUCACACCUUUGUGAGAUUCUUGGGGACAAAUUACCAGUAGAUGUUUAUGGGACGCCUUCUCCCCAAUACAUCCACAUCCUUAUCCUCAGUAAGAUUUAUAUGCAAAUAACAUGUAUGGGCCUCCUCUGGAUUGGAGCCACAGCAGAGGGGAUUGGGGCCACCUCUCCUCCUCUCAUGCCUGGGUCCCUGUGCAGAUGGGGUGGUCCACACCUGUAAUCUAUUUUUAAAAGUUCAUUCAGGGACUCAAAAUUGUGUGGAUGGCAUCUCAUUUCUGAAGAAUGGCAGAUACGGAUGUGAUUUGUCAAUUUAACUUACUUUACCUGAGGUAGUGAAACAAACCGAGAUGAAACCAUAGGCCAUUUAUUUAUUUUUCAGUUCUAAUAAUACCUAGCUGACUAAAUCCAAAAGCUUAACUUUAUUCAUUUCUUCCUGUGGCUUCAGUUACAUGAAAUGUCUGUUUUAAACAGUGUUGGGAUGGGGAAUUGUAAAAAAUGAACCCAAAGCCUUAAUUGUGUUAAAUAUUCCAACUUGGAGGAGACCUCAGAUUUACCAUUUUAUUUGAAUAGCAUGAGGCAUCGGAGAGCAGCUUAAUUAAAAAACCUAAAGAAUAAAGGGUACUCUGUUCAGCUUUGUUGCUGCAUUGUUCUAUUUCACGGUGCUUUUUGUGUCUUGCAGCUUGACAUGAUGAAGCAGUGCUGGCCAAAGAUGGGUUUAAAACGCUCAGAUGUCAAUAAGUUUGCAUGGACCACAUAUAAGAACAAUAAAAAUUGCCUUUGUGGGUUGCAUCUAGGUCUUUCUUUCCCGCAGCAGUCAGAUUCCUCUAGGCCAGCCUUUCUCAGCCUUGGUUCCCCAUUUGUUGUUGGACUACAACUCCCAUAAUCCCUGUCCACAGGGCCCUGCUGGCUAGGGAUGCUGGGAGUUGUAGUCCAACAGUGUCUGAGGACCCAAGGUUGAGAAAGGCUGCUCUAGCUGUUAUGUGGGACAUCAAAUUAAUGGCCUUCUGCUGUCAAGUCCCCAGUAGAUUGUAUUUAGAGGUACACACAAGCUCUUCUGUAAAAGAAACUGAUUGCUUUUGGAAAGGUGCAAUAGAAUAAAGGAACAAUAAUUUUGAAUGGGGGCAGGGGCAGGAUACAGCGUAGCUGAAAUUGGUUAUGUUUUGUUCUUUACAGUGCUGCAUAUUUGCUUGCACUUAAAUUGAUUUUGGGUGUAUUGGUUUGCUCUUCAGUGAGUUGUGGCAGUUUGAAGAGGGCAGAGGAAGUAGGAAAAACCUAAGUGGAACUCUGACGGUCAAUUUGUAAAGAUCUCGUCACAAAAAAGUGUACUUCAGUCUGUGCUUGAGAAACCUGAUUCUAAUGUGAUCCAGUUCUUUCUACGCUUAAAACAAAAAUAGUACUGUGUGCUGAAUUCAAUGGAGAGACUAUGAGUUUCCCCUUGCCAAAUGGAUGAGAUCCAAAAAUGAAACAGACCAUGAUUUGCCUCAUUGACUGUGCAUGAUAUCAUGUGCCCGACAUAAUUAUUUGGGACAUCCCGUGGUGGUUGUGUAGUCAUCAUUUUCUGUUUUUAAACGUAUUAGUGUCUCCCAUACUAUCUUUAAAUGAAAUGCUGUGUGUCAGUGUUGCUGGGAAAAAAUGUGUUACAAGCUUCUCUUCAGGGAAAAGACCUCAUACUCGUUGAUUUGUGAACCGAACUACAGCAAUGCAAAGUGUUCCAAAGGCAUUCCCCUCACAAGCAUGUGCUUGGUUUCCAGCUAUGCCUUGCUGGAAGGAAAGUGGUGGGAGGAGGGCUGUUCAGCCUUAACAUUUCCUAUUUUGAAAUCUGGGCAUCUUCGCCCCUGUGCAUGGCUAAUUGCAGAUCUGCAGCAUCCGUACAAAAGCAGUGUGGUGGUGAAUUUAACAAAACUAGCCACAUUGGCCGAUAGGAAACUUGCAAUACAUCAAAAACUUUUUUUAAAAGUUUCCAGUUAAAUGACAGGAAAUUGCUAUGGUUUUACAAAGCAAAUAUGUUUUUUUUUUUUUAUGGAUACUCUUUGCAAUUAGGAUUUUUGGGUGCAUCUGGGAUUCGAAAUAAAAAGUAGGUCCCGUGAAGUUAAAAAUGCAAGUCAAGAUGUCCUCCGGAUCAUGUUUAACUUACGGUGUUUCAUUAAAAUGGAAAGAAUGUUAUGUACCUAAAUCAUGGUUUACAAUAAAGUUUUGACUUAAUAAAAAAA